UUCCACUUGGCGCGUUUGAGUUUAUUUACUUGCCUUUCAAGCUUUUGUGAUCUUUUGAUCCCGUUUCUGAGCACUAGUGGAGGAGGUAGAGCCAAUAUGUCGAGCACAGGGCAUUAUGCAAAGCCGGGUCCCCCAGCGAGUGCGUUGUCUGCAGCUCAACACGCCAGUUCCUAUUUCCUUUCCAGCUCGUCUUCCUCCAUUUCCGUCCCCUCUUUCGCUUUGGCGUCAGCCUCUCCCUCUCUCGUGAGUCCCCUAACAUCACCAAUGAAUACGAUGCUCUCCCCCGCCACACAUCCUGGAGAUUACCUGUCACCGCAAAAUCCUCCUUUUAGUCCACCUUUUGCGAGCCCUUCUGAAAGUCCAAUAGAUGAAAGUCCUAGGACAAAAGCUAAUAAUGGCACAACAAGAGAAAAUUUCGUUCACAAGCUACACAACAUGGUAAUAGACAAGCAGUAUCAGCACCUCAUCAGUUGGAACUACUCUGGUACCUCCUUCAUCGUGUGCAACGUAUUGGAAUUUUCUCGUGAAGUCUUGCCAAAACACUUCAAGCAUAAUAACUUCUCCAGCUUUGUGCGGCAGUUGAACAUGUAUGGUUUUCAUAAAGUCAACAAAUCACCUCGUGGGAGCCGAACGCUGGCGGAGAAUCAAGUGUGGGAGUUUUCGCAUCCUAAAUUUCUCCGUGAUCGACCACAACUUUUGGAUGAGAUUAAGAGGAAAUCUGUAGAGUCGGAAACAUUCAGGCGCGAGACAGGAGAUAUUCAAGCUCAGAUGCAGAUAAUGCAUCUCAAUCAAGCGGACAUGAUGCAGCAGUUACAACGAUUGCAAGAGAACUUCACGGAACUCAUGCGGGAAUUUGCUGAAAGUCGACGAAAGCAGGUUAUCCAGCAACAGAUGAUGAAAAACAUGAUGGAGUUCAUGAAACAGCAGUACAUUCAACAACAGCAACAACAACAACAACAACAGCAACAGCAACAGCAACAGCACGAGCAGCAGCGAUCUCUCCCCUCGUCCCAGCACCCGCAGCACCAAUCACAGCCAAUACUUCCUCUCGAAUUCGACAUGGCCUUCAUGGAUCCACAAUUAAUGGGCGGGUCAACAGCAACAUGCUUCAGCUCCGGUUCAACGAUCGUUAAGCAGGAGUUUGUAAACCAGGAAGGAGGGAGCCCUAGUGGGGGAAACAUGGGUGGAUCUGGCGGUUCCGUUGGUGAAGGUAUGCGUAAUGGUGGAGUCGGGAAUACCUUAGUCAAUCCAAGCUACAUUCAACGGACACCCUGGACCGCCGCCUUAAAUACACCUUUACCGCCAAGCCCAGCCCCAGGGACCCCGAUGGAUCGCGCCACAGAGAGUGAUCGACGACUACCAUCGGCAUUGGGUGUGUUGGGUAUGGACGAGGAGGACAUGGACGGUCUUUUAGAUAUGUCGCAUGAUUUCGGGGACGAAUUUGGAGACCCUCUAGAAGGUCUCAGAUCAACGUAGAUUUUGUACCAUAACUCGCUGCUCACAUGAAUGUGGUGCUGAUAUGCGAAGAGGCUUGUAUGCUUCUUUGGGUUGUAUAUGAUAAUGUUAUUAUUUACAAUUUUAACUUCGCGAUGUCAUCUGCGCUAAACUCGACCCUGAGUAGAUAAACCGCGUUUGGUCAACUGAUCAGUGUCAUGAAAAUUUU